GGGCUGUACUUUCAGACUCUGCAGUCAGAAAUCAGCGCCUGGACUGAUCCAGCAGCAGUAGCCUGCAGUCAGCCCCCAUCACCCCGCCAGGCUCCAACAGGACCGGGAUCUGCUUUCUCCAUCGGUCCGACUUAGGAUGUGGAAAUAGAGAGGCUCAGUCUGAGCCCCCACAGGUGCCUCCCAGCAUGGACAGGAUAGGGGUCUCCUUCCUGGACCCCCUGGAGGACUACGAGCUCAUCCACCGGAUUGGUUGCGGAACCUACGGAGAUGUGUUCAAGGCCCGCAGCAUCAGGACAUCUGAACUGGCAGCGAUUAAAAUCGUCAAGCUGGAUCCUGGUGAUGACAUCACAUCCAUCCAGCAGGAGAUCACCAUGAUGAAGGAAUGCAAGCACAAAAACAUUGUUGCCUACUUCGGCAGCUAUCACAGGAACACCAAGCUGUGGAUCUGUAUGGAGUACUGUGGGGGGGGGUCGCUUCAGGACAUGUACCAAGUGACGGGUCCACUAAAAGAGAAACAGAUCGCAUUCGUGUGCAGGGAAACCCUUCAGGGUUUGUAUCACUUGCAUGAAACAGGCAAGAUGCACAGAGACAUAAAGGGAGCUAACAUCCUUUUGACUGAACGAGGUGACGUCAAGCUGGCUGACUUUGGAGUGGCAGCAGAGAUUAGCGCUUCAGUGGCCAAACGAAAGUCUUUUAUUGGAACUCCUUACUGGAUGGCCCCAGAGGUGGCUGCAGUGGAGAAGAAGGGCGGCUACAACCACUUGUGUGAUAUCUGGGCUGUUGGCAUCACUGCCAUCGAGUUGGCUGAGCUCCAGCCGCCCAUGUUUGACCUCCACCCAAUGAGAGCAUUGAUGCUGAUGUCCAAAAGCAGUUUCCAGCCUCCAAAACUAAAGGAUAAAACCAAGUGGUCUGCAGGUUUCCACAGCUUUGUGAAGAUGGCUCUCAAUAAAAACCCCCGUAAAAGACCUUCAGCAGAGACACUGCUGCAGCAUCCGUUUGUGACCCAGCUGCUGACCCGGAACCUGAUCAUUGAGCUGCUGGACAUGGCCAACAACCCAGAGCUGCACAGUGCUCUGACACACAGCAUCGAUGACAGCGAGCUGGAGAUUGGGGAAAUGUCUCCAGACAAGAUUCAGUCAGCAGGAAAACAUCUGCCUGUAGAGAGGACCCCUUCUGAAGAACAAUUUGACCAAAUAAAGUUUGGACGUCCACUGAGAAAAGUCACAGAGCCUUAUCCUGACUUGGGCUCCUAUGAUGACUGGAGCAUGUCUGGAGAUGAAGAGAACUCACCGAGCCUGUUGGAAUGUGUGGAGCAAGCCCUGCAGAUGAGGAGUUUAACGAUUGCAAGAGCGCCAUCUGCUGAUGGAGGUAGGAAGAGUGGUUUGUUCAGUCCGACAGCCUCACUGCCGGCCUUCAGCUCUUUAACUUCCAACACAGAGGACAGAGACCUGACGCUGAGACCGGCCUGCACACUCGGCCCUGAUGCGGCCAUCACAGCCGACCCCGGCUCUGCAGCAGUCUUGUCCAGGUGUUCUGCCACGCAGGACAUCAGUCAGCGUUGCAGUGACCCAUGUUUGCCACCACAACACUCUGUAGUAGCAGAGAAAAGGAUGGUUUCCUCCCCAAAAAGAGAGACGCCACUGUCUCCAGAGUGGAGCACACUGCGGAAAAAGCCAGAGGACUCAAGAGCUGGUUGUCAUGGGCUUCCUCCCACCCCUCAAGUCCAUACUUUCUUGAUGGGAGCCUGCUUUACCAAAGUCUUCAACGGCUGUCCUCUAAAAAUCCACUGUGCUGCUACCUGGAUCUUACCCAAAACAAAAGAUCAAUACCUGAUUCUUGGAGCAGAGGAAGGAAUUUACACAUUGAACCUAAAUGAACUUCAUGAGGACACACUAGAAAAGCUGCUCCCUCAGCGAUGUACGUGGCUCUAUGUCAUGAAUAAUGUGCUGAUGUCUGUGUCAGGAAAGUCGUCGCAGCUUUAUUCCCACAGUCUAACGGCUCUGUUUGAGCAAAAAGGACAUCUGCAAAAGAAACACGGCAGCUUGUCUCUCAGCACCAAUCGCUUCACUGAGAGGAUCAUUCCCAGAAAGUUUGCCAUAUCUGUGAAAAUUCCAGACACUAAAGGCUGUCGGAGAUGUAGUGUGGCGAGAAACCCCUACACAGAGAGUACCUUCCUGUGUGGGGCGGUUCCCUCCGGCCUGGUGCUGCUGCUGUGGUAUGAGCCUCUCCAGAAGUUUAUGCAUCUAAAGCACAUACCAGUGCGACUACCAGAGUCUCUGCCAAUAUUUGAGCUUCUGGUUCUGGUAACAGAUGAGUUUCCCCAGCUGUGUGUGGGGGUGAGAGAGUGUAACAAUGAGGAGAGUCCAACCAGCCAGCAGCUCAAGUUUGAUAUAAUCGAGCUGAAUGCUCCUCCUGCUUCAGUGCCAGAUGGUGGCGCCCUCAGAGCUGUACAGGUUACCCAGCUGGACAGAGACACAGUUCUGAUUACAACUGAAAAAAAGGUAAAGAUAGUGGACCUGAAAGGGCUUCCAUCCAAAGAGCUGGCAGCUGAGAUCGGUUUUGACUUUCCAAUUGAAACACUAGUCUGUUUACAGGACAGUGUGCUGGCUUUCUGGAAGCACGGCCUUAAAGGAAGGAGUUUCCAUUCGGAUGAGGUAACACAGGAAAUCACAGAUGAGAGCCGAGUUUUCCGAGUUUUGGGAACAAACAGAGACAUCAUCCUUCAGAGUACGCCGACGGACGACCCCUCAGCGCUGAGCAACCUGUACAUCUUGACUGGUCAUGAAAGCAGCUACUGAGCUGGAAAACAGGCUGACGUCUUAAAGAACAAGAACCAGAAUGUUCUACCUGCUCAAGUUUAAGAAGCGAUCCCCGUUGCACUGAAGGCGGAGAAGACCUUAAUACCAUCGGCCCACAGCAGACUCUUACUGGCAGUUUCUGCAGGGACACAGCUCUCAUCCCACAUCAAGAGGCAUGUUGCUAAGAAAUGGUUGUACAACUUAUCAGUUUGUCUAAGGAAUGGCACAGCAGAAGCAGCAUCAGCAAAGAUUGUGAUCUAUCUUGCCAACUUACAUCAGAAACCUGGCUUGGAUAUUUUCAGUCCCUCUUUAGACACUGUGACCUACAGUCUCCUGUUUUUUUUGUAAGUAGAGAGUCUAGUUGUACGAUGAAUUGGCACUUUAUCCAGAAAGUGAAGGGAACAUUCGCUUCUUUAUCAGGGAAAUGCUAAACAAAUGUUGCAGUCUAGGGUUCUGCUUCCCGCGUAGAACUGAAAUGGACCUCUGUAUCUCCAUGUCAGACCAAAAUAACUGGGAUGAUUCAGUAUUUCUCCAUUUUAAUGUUUUCCUUCUACAUGCUGAAAUUUUUAUUGAAGGAUUUAAUUGUCCACAAUCCUAACAAUAUAAUGUGUAACAUCAAAAAUUUCACUAAAAAUACCCAGUUCCUUAAAGUAACAAUGGUUCAGUUGAGAUAUAAUUUGGUCCACAUGGAAACUAAUGAUUGGUAUGCAGAUAAUUUCAUUUGUAAAGAGCUGGGAUGUCUAGAGAAAAACCACAGGGUGUAAACACUGUCAGCAGGGAUGGAGUGAUGAGGCUGUAAGCUGUUUUUUUUCUCUCUCACACACUCUCUCUUUUACUCCUCUUUUUUAACAUGUCCUGUCCGGCAGUGUGGCACUCAGAAUUGUUGUGUGACUGCCAAAGUGAAGCCAAACUGAUUUACUUUCACAAAUGGAGCGUUGCAGAUUUUGCUUUAAUGCUCCAUUAAAUAUAUAUCAAAGUUUAUUAGAAAAUGCUUUGAGUUUAUUUCAAUUCUAACAUGGAGAUAGACAAGAAUGGAAGAAAGGUGGGGAGAAAGGAAGAGUAGAAGAGAGAAAGAAGCUUGGAGAGAAUAUAAAGCAAAACCCUAAAAGUCUGUUUCUAUAACUGAUUCCAUGUUUCCUGUUAUGACCAGAUUAGGAAAGAGGUGCUAACUUGGUGCUGAACAGAUUCUGGCAUGUCCAUCAUGUUCAAAAUGAAAACCUGCUGUUGACUCUCUGGCAGACUUUAACACCUUUAGAGUUGCCAUCAACAGUGUCCUGUUAGCUUUAAAAUAAUAAAAAAAAAGUGCCAAAGUAGUACGCCAUAUUCUGCUGCUUAAGCAUUUUGUAUAAUUUUAUCAAAUUGAAAUCUUUCGUGGAUACAAAUGUCUGCAGUGGAGUUCUUUGUAGCGUGGCCAGGUUCAGCUAUAGAGGCAGGUGGGGAUCUCCAUCAGGUCAGAGGUCAACUUCUGCUGCCUUUCGUUGAAUGAGGUUUGGACAUCUGAUCCUCUUGGUGCCUUUCUCUGAAUGAAGCUCUUUAGAAUCAUAAACUUCAUGUGCCAUCUUUUCUGAAUAAUUAUCCAAAGACCAAAAAUACUUUCAUCCAGACUGAUGAACAGCAGUAGUUACUUCUCUUAGGUCGUAGCUGUUUUUAUCAUUUGUAUUUUCAUAACAUACUUCGAUGAUUUAGAGCAGCACACUGAAAAUAUUGAUGUUGGCCAUAAUAUUUAAAAAGUUUUGCAAGGGACCAGAUGAUUAGAAAUGAAGGGAACCGACUAAUUAAUACAGAUGUGCAUUUAGUUUAAUUAAAGUACUGUUGAUGGAAAGAACAAUUCAGGUGUACUAAAAGUCUCAAUUCCACUACAUUGCAGUUGUCUGUGAUUGUGUAUAAUGAUAUUUAUGUUAUUUAUACUGUAAGCUGUAUUAAUAACUCCCCUUUUUUUCUGAGACACCCUUGGGAGACAGUAUGAAUUGUAGGCUGUUUUUUUUAGAUGUGUUUUGCUCUGUAUGUAUAUAACAACUGAGAAUGCAUUUUUAAUUUUACAGAAUUUUUAAUAUGAAAAAAAUAAAGAUUUUAAUGUCUGUCCUCUA